AUGAUCACCAUCCGCCGCCGCCCUGCGAGGCUUCCAAUUUACCUGGGCAUUGCUCUUACCCUGCUCUUUAUAUGGCAGACUGGUCUGCCUAGCGACUGGAGCAGCCGCGAGUUCUCCUACAAUGGUAUCCGUUAUCGCAAGUCUAGCUACGACUGGGGCAGUCUGAGCCUUGAGUACCCGCUCGAGAAACCUUUACGCACGUUGCCAAAAGGCACUCCGAUCGACCUUCCUCGUGUCCAGUAUGAUUUCAGCGGAAGCGGAAAGAGGGGAGGGAGCAACAAGAACAAAAAGUUUUCCCAUGAUGAAGACCGCGACCGUGAUCGCGAGCACCAAAUCGAGUCCCGUCGCGCCGCUGUCGCCCAUGCUUUUAGACGCAGCUGGGACAGCUACAAAGAACAUGCGUGGACCUGGGAUGAGUUGACCCCAGUCUCGGGCGCCGGCAAGAACACAUUCGGUGGUUGGGCAGCCAGCAUGGUUGAUGGCCUCGACACGCUGUGGAUUAUGGGCAUGCACGACGAGUUUCGCCGCGCAGUGCGCACUGUUGCUUUGCUUGACUGGUCCAACACCACCGAGUCGGCUGCUAACAUGUUUGAGACGACCAUCCGCCACCUGGGAGGGCUCAUUAGUGCAUAUGAUCUCAGCGGGGAGCCUGCCUUGCUGGCCAAGGCCAUAGAACUUGGCGACAUGUUGUACAUGGGCUUCGACACACCCAACCGUAUGCCGCCGUUUUGGUUCAAGUUCUCCGAGGCCAAAUAUGGCACACAGAAGGUCAGCGAACACGAGUCCUCUGCCGCAGGUUGUUCGUUGGCUAUGGAGUUUACCCGACUAUCGCAAUUGACGGGCGACAACAAGUACUAUGAUGCUACCGAGCGAGUAAAAGAGUUUCUUGUCAAGACGCAACACCAGACGAAGCUGCCGGGCAUGUGGCCUAUGUUCUUGAACUAUCGUGGAGAGAAGGCUGAAGAGUCUUCCUUCACUAUCGGCGCUCAGGCCGAUUCCCUCUACGAGUACCUUCCGAAAAUGCACGCUCUGCUCGGCGGUCUCGAUCGUGAAUACGAAAAGUUGACGACCAGCUCAUUCGAUGUCAUUAACAAGCACAUCCUCUUUCGGCCUAUCCUGCCUAACAAGACGGACAUCCUGAUCCCAGGCAACGUCUUCGCCCGGGCAGACUCGGUCGACUUGACUCCGGAGGCCCAGCACCUGGGCUGUUUCGCAGGCGCCAUGUAUGCACUCGCUGGCAAGCUCUUGGGCUCCGAAUCCUAUGUUACCAUUGGCGAGAAGAUUUCCAGGGGUUGUGCCUGGGCCUACAAGGUGUUUCCCACCGGAAUCAUGCCCGAGAUCAUGACGCUUCACCCGUGCAAUGAGCCGGACCAUGGGCCAUGCGAGUGGGACGAUGAGACACACUCUCAUAUUGAUGUACCCGCGGGCGUCAAACAGGUCCGCGAUGGCCGCUACAUGCUUCGCCCUGAGGCCAUCGAGAGCAUUUUUUACAUGUACCGCAUCACUGGAGACAACGAGUGGCGCGAUAUCGCAUGGGACAUGUUCCAGAGCAUCCAGCGCGCGACCGAGACGCCACUGGCAUACUCGGCCAUCUCCAAUGUCAACGUUGCAUCUCCUGAGCUGACAACAAAGACGGAUUCAAUGGAAAGUUUCUGGUUUGCCGAGACGCUGAAGUACUUUUACCUUAUCUUUUCGCCGCCCGACGUAAUUAGUCUUGACGACUGGGUGCUAAACACCGAGGCGCAUCCGUUCAAGCGGCCUAAGAAGACGCAAAGCGUUGAGACGGAGAGCGAGAUUCGCGGGCAGUCGUAG